UACCUUCCAAACAACUCGAAUAUCUGAGUUUCUGCAAUAUUUUGUUGUUCAUUCACAAGAGCUUGCUUCCUAGCUAGAGAUAUGUCUCUUCCCAGAGGCGCCGCAGAUCAUGGUGAGGCCACUAAUUCCCUGCCGGAAUCCGCCAACGAGCAGCAGGAGCAGCAACAAGCUCAGAUGGCGGACGACGCCACCGCCGCCUCCUCUACUUGGAGGAGGCUCAGUAACAACAGCAGCAGCAGCAGCCCUUUCUCCCGGUCUUUCCUUCCCCACAAGAAGAGCAAAGUUGAAUCCAGCGAUGAAGAUUUGUUCACAGUUCCUGACGUGGAGGCUCCACCGCCAAUGAAUUCUUCUGGCAUGACAAAUCUUUUCGGCCACAAUGAGCAUGAGAAAAAUGCAGAGAUUCAGCGCCAGAUUGGGUUAUCCGGGAAGCGCCGCCGGGGACGAAACCCUGCUGACAAAGAGUAUAGACGCCUCAAGAGGUUGCUUAGGAACAGAGUGUCUGCUCAGCAAGCCAGAGAAAGGAAGAAGGUAUAUGUGAAUGAGCUGGAAUCAAGAGCCAAUGAAUUGCAGGACAGAAACUCCAAGUUAGAAGAGAAGAUCUCAACUUUAAUCAAUGAAAAUACCAUGCUUAGGAAGGUUCUUAUGAACACAAGGCCUAAGAAUGAUGAAAGUUUUGAGCCGAAGCAGGAUCGGUUUAGCCAGAGCUGACAAGCAUAUAUAAGGUCAUUUUGUUUAGGAUUCUCCGAGACCCUUUCAGAUAAGAGUAACGCUAAAAACCACACUCCAUUUUAUUGAGUUGACGUGUAGUGCCAUUCAACUUUUGGAUUAACCACGUGAAUACAGUAAAAUAUGCACUCCCACGUGAACAAGGUAAAAUAGGAAUGCAGCAUUUAGCAUUUCUCUUUAGACAAAUGUGAAUCACAGAUUUCCCUGAGCUAUAUAUGUAUUACCAAAUAUCUUAAACCCUUGGUCUUAACAAACGUUAUUUCUUACCAAAGACAGGGUUUGUUAAGACCAGUGGGUUUUAAGUUUUAACAACAUGGUUACUUUCUUUAUAUAUAUAUAUUGCUUUAUGGUAGAAAUCAAUACCAUGGUUAAGAGUAGAGAUUUUCGGCUGCUAAAUUGAGUCAGCCAAGUGUCUAUCAUUUUUUUA